GUUAAAAUAUUACUGCGGAGUAUCUUUCCAUCUAAAAUCCUGUGUAUGCCAGCUUGUCUAAGAUCUAAACUAUUCAUCUUCGGAAGUCUUGCCGCUGCAUCGGUCGCAUGAAUAGCAUGGACAGCUAUCCCAUCAUCGAGAUUCGCGCCAUUCGUAAAGCUCAUUCUGUUAUUCGUGAACAGACCUACAGAACCCCAAUCCAUAAGUGUCCUGAAGUGUCUCAAGAAGUGCAAGACGCAGUUUUCGAUACUCACGACGCAAGCGUGCCCAAGCUUGAGUUAUACUUCAAGUGCGAGAACUUGCAGAAGGCAGGCUCUUUCAAAUUCAGAGGUUCCUAUCACUUCUUAUCUCAGUUGACCGAAAAAGAACUACGGGCUGGCAUCAUCUCGUAUAGCACUGGGAACCACGCCAUCGCUCUUACUAUAGCGGCCAACCAUGCAUCACAACUGAGAGGCUUCCUCAUUCCAGUACAAAUGCUGAUGACAUGGAAUGCCAGCCCAGCCAAGAUCGAUACCAUCCAACGACUGGGCGGCAAAGUUCUGCUCCAUGGUCCGACACUCGUCGAAUGUAUUGAGCUCGCGAUCAAGAUCCAACUCGAGACUGGCGCAACCUUGGUCCCUCAAGGGCACCCACUCAUCGCACUUGGUCAAGGUACGGCCAUGCUAGAGUUUCACGAACAGAUGCAAGAGCUCGGCUAUGGGAGAUUAGACGCAGUGAUUGUUCCCAGCGCUACUGGGGCAUUGCUGGCAGGGACUGCUGUCGUCAGCCACGCACUGGAUCCGCAUAUCACUGUGUUCGGCAGCGAACCUGUGAUGGGUGGUGCGAAUUUGGCCACGGCUCGAUUACAGGGAAAGCGCGUCACUGUACUCAAUGGCACGACUAUAGCCGAUGGGCUGCGAUCUCCUACAGCACAAUCUAAUUGGGAAUAUGUAAAGAACCCCACCCUGGUCAAGGACGUUUUGCAGGUGACAGAGCUGGAGAUUCGACGCACCCUAACAUCGUUCGCUGAACAGAUGAAAACCGUUGUCGAGCCGAGUUCGGCCGUCCCGCUGGCUGCUUUACUAUUUAACACAGAUCUUCAUCAUACCCUUAAAACGAUGUAUGAGGGUGAACCGUUGAAGAUUGGUGUGGUUUUGACAGGAGGAAACAUUGGCCUAAUGGAUAUGUGUGAUUUAGCAGAGAAGAACAAUAAGUAAUAGAACGUCCUCUCUUCUCUUCUUGUUGCAGCUUCAGUCCGAGGAGUGCUGUCGGUAGGGAUCACUACCCAUCAGCGCAAUGGACUGUCCCCGCCGAAUCAUUCGCGUUAUUCAUCAGCGUAGUUGUAUUAGCUUCAUGGACUGACAGACCGGACUUGAGUAGGCUCCGUUCAUGUUGCAAGACAUUUAAGUGUGAGCUGUAUAGCAUAGUGCCAAUUGCGACUAUACAUUUGAGUCUGGUCAAUUCUAGUCAUCUACAAUCGUACGCCACAGAGUCGG